AUGUUCGUCCCGGCUCACGAUGAUGAAUAUACUUCUGAAUUCAAAGAUCAAUGUAUAAAUGAACCUCAAGGAGACGCCAUGGAGCUCGUGAGCCCACCUUUGGGUAUUCAUGUAAGUUUAUUAUUCUUAUUUUUUUAUUCUGUGUUCAGCCAAAAGAGUUUGUGAACAUGCACUUUGGCCCAAGAUCGAUGGCCAAGAAUCUUCAGUUCAGAAAAGGUACUACAACAUUGGCUUUCAUCUAUGAGCCGGCUACUCCCAACGAUAAGGGCGGUAUCGUUGUCGCUGUGGACUCCAGAGCUUCUGCUGGGCAAUAUAUUUGCAAGUUUUGUUCUUUUUAAGCUUUUGAACUUUAGAAGAGUUGGUAUUAAAGGUUUAUUAGUGGAAACGUCUGAAACAAUAAAUCUUUAACUAAAACAAUAUAAAUUUCAGCGUCAAAGAGUGUGAUGAAGAUUCUGGACAUUGGUGAUCGUAUGGUGGCUACGAUGGCUGGUGGAGCUGCCGACUGUCAGUUCUGGACUCGAAUGGUAUCUAAAUAUUGCACGUAAGUUGAGAUUUAUAUUUUUAUUGGUGUUUAGGUUGUUCGAAUUGAGAGAAAAGAGUGAUAUCACCGUUGCGGCUACAAGUAAAUACUUCGCUAAUGUCAUGUACGGAUACAGAAACCAUGGUCUUUCUGUGGUAAGUGUUUUAAUAACGAUAUUUACAUUGACGUCUGAGGUCUUUUGACUUACAUUGUUUUAGGUAUACAUAGUUUUUUUGUUUUAUUUGAAUAGGUUAGUUAAGUUUUUUUUCGUUUAGCUUUAAGAAUGCUUUUUAUUAAAAGAUUUAUAGAAUGAUUGAAUUUUAUGUUCUUUUAGGUGCAUCUUAUUAACUUCAUUUAUAAAACCUUAUUUUAGGGUUCAAUGGUUGCUGGUUACGACAAGAGAGGCCCAGCCAUCUUCUACGUCGACAACGAUGGCCAGCGUCUUCCUCAACGUGUCUGUUCGAUUGGAUCUGGUUCUCUGAAUGCCUACGGAGUCUUGGAUACCCAUUACAAGCCCAAGAUGACUGACGAUGAAGCUCUGAAGUUGGGUCGUCGUGCCAUUAUGCACGCUACUUUCCGUGAUUCUGGCUCAGGAGGUGUAUGUAACGUGGCUCACAUCACUCCACUCGGAAGAACACGAUAUCCACCAAUCGACGUCAGUGAACUCUACUAUGAAUUCGCCGAAGAACUCAAGAGACCGGUCGGUUAUCUUCCUGAAGAUGACAACUAA